AACAAAUUGCUCCACAGCUAAGGCUGUUAUUAGAUUAAGGCACAAGACACCUGAAGGCAUAGCGUACACUCUCUGAGCCAAAGUCAUUCAUGUGAUUGAAGUGUGUCCACCAGCCUGUAAAAUACUGCCUCUUCCCUCCCUCCCUCCAUCCCCUUCUCCCAGCAUCACCAAACUGGGAGCCAGUCUCCAUGACAACCCAGUUGCAGGAGGGGUUUUGCCAGCUGGAAGCGGUUUCAGUCCUCACUCCGUAUCACCGCUCCGAACCUCCACAGCGCAUCACGCCCUGAGUGGAAUGGAAGAACAGGACAAGAAAGACAAUGGGGAGUACAUCGGAGAGAUAAAAGGUGGGCUUCGACCUUCAAUGAAGCUGGUCGUCAUGGGAAUUGUUGACAAAAAGCCCAAAAGCAUUGAGGUGACACUCUCCAGUAAGCCUCAGGAGGAGCAAACGGAGGGCGACGUGGGUCUGCAGCUCAAAGUCAGCUUCAUGGACAAGGCCGUCCAACGCAAUGCCCGCUUGGCUGGGAAGUGGGGUCCUUCUGAAAACACCCUCUCCUUCUUUCCAUUCGCACCCGGAGAGGCCUUUAAGAUGGAGAUCGUCUGUGAGCACCAGCAGUUUCGUAUCCUGGUGGACGGUCAGCCCCUGUGUGGCUUCACCCACCGGCUCUCCCAGCUCGCCUCCCUCACAGCCUUACGAGUCUUUGGGGACCUACAGCUCACCAAGGUGGCCUAACGCCAGCAUCUCAUCCCGCCGUCACCUCGCAGGAGGAUCUUCCUGGACAGUAGACAAUUCAUAUAUUUAGAAUAGGUCUUCUUUUUGAACGAAUGAUUUAAUCUUUCACGGGGAUGUCGUUUCCAUUUUCAGAAGAUGUCGCGCCAGUCUCAUAGUCACGCUUAAGACAAAAGUGCCUUCGCUAAGAUUACCCGUCUGGGGACUUGAAGAUACUGACUGAAUGGAAUGGUCAUACAUAUCUUAAUCCGAACAGAGAAUGUGAUUCGAAUUGUUCUAAACAAUGUGAUGUAGGCUAAAGUGUUCUCACUGAAUGAACAUUGCACAGACAUAACAAGCCGCUAGAAAAUAAAGCAGUGCUGCGUUUGUCUUUGUGAUUUACGGAAACAAGCUUUCCCACGUCUGGGUUUUAUUUCUCCAGAGUUAACCUUUGAAAGCACUUACGUUCACAAGCACCUGCAUGACUGUAUCCGAAGCUGACGAGUGACGCAGAUUUUCAAUUUAUUUCUCAUUUGAUCAUGCAAAUAAAAAACGGUGUCAGUGGAUGUCAGCAGCCCACGUUAGUGCAUGCCAGUAAUGAAGCAGUGUGUAUCAUUUCUUCCAUCGUUCCAGUCUCAGUGAACAGUCAGUCAUUGGACGUUUAUCAUUUUUUAGCUUUCAAAGCACCCUUUUGUUGUGUAAUUGUCACUUCCCUGUGGCACUUUUUACGUGAAUGUCUGGAUUUGAUGUUGCUUCACUGCAAUAAAUCAGUUUUGCUGUU